AUGCACGCUACUCAUCGCCGUCGCCUAUGUUCACUCCCCUCCGUCGCCCACGCGACCAUUCUCGCGUCAAUGUCUCACACUUCCCUCCAUCGCCAUAGCUCACUCCCUCUCAUCGCCCUCGCGCACUCCCCUCCCGUCGCCUUCGCGCACUUCCCUCCCGUCGCCUUCGCGCACACCCGUCCCGUCGCCUUCGCGCACUCCCCUCCCAUCGCCUUCGCGCACUCCCCUCCCGUCGCCUUCGCGCACUCCCCUCCAAAGAGGAUGAUCAAUCCCUCCCGUCGCCCACGCUUCCUUCCUGACGCACGAAUGGGGACUCCCCGCGCCUUGCAACUCUCCUUCCUCCUGCUACGCCACACCCCACACUCUCGUCUCCCCAUCCCUCAUCUCCCCUUCCCUCGUCUCCCCAUCCCUCAUCUCCCCUUCCCUCGUCUCCCCAUCCCUCAUCUCCCCUUCCCUCGUCUCCCUAUCCCUCAUCUCCCCUUCCCUCGUCUCCCCAUCCCUCGUCUCCCCAUCCCUCAUCUCCCCAUCCCUCAUCUCCCCUUCCCUCAUCUCUCCAUCCCUCGUCUCCCCAUGCCUCAUCUCCCCAUCCCUCACCUCCCCAUGCCUCACCUCCCCAUCUCUCAUCUCCCCAUCCCUCAUCUCCCCUUCCCUCUCCUCCCCAUCCCUCAUCUCCCCAUCCCUUAUCUCCCCAUCUCUCACCUCCCCAUCCCUCAUCUCCCCAUCCCUCAUCUCCCCAUCCCUCACCUCCCCAUCUCUCACCUCCCCAUCCCUCAUCUCCCCAUCCCUCACCUCUCCAUCGCUCAUCCAUCCAUCCCUCAUCUCCCCAUGCCUCACCCCAUCUCCGCCGCACCCCGUGGCAUCGUCACACGUCGCCAUUUCCCACCUCUUCCUACUUCCCAUCCCCCUCUUCCGCCCUUCCUCCCCCCUUCUCUCAAUCCCUUCCUCUCGCCCUGCCAUCCUACUUCCCAUCCCCCUUUCCUCGUUUCCCCAGACCUCCUUUCCCCAUCCCGUCAUUCACUCUCCCUCCGUUCCCCAUCCUUCCAUUCCCCAUGCCUACUUUCACCAUUCCACCAUACCCCAUUCACCAUACUCCUAACCCCAUCUCCUCCUCACCCCAUCUCCUCCUAUACACAUCCGCUUCUUUCCCCUUCCCUCGUCACCGCGUCCCCUCCUCUCCCCAUCCCCUCCUCUCACCAUCCCCUCUUCUCCCCACCCCCUCCCGUCCUCUCCCCAUCCGCCCAUCCCACCUCACCACUUCCCUCCUCUUCCCAUCCAUCCUCUCCUCAUCCCUCCCCAUCCGUCCUUUCCCCAUCCGAUCCUCUCACCCUCCCCUCCAGGUGUUUCCCACACCGCCCUCGGCCCAGCGGCACCUCUUCAUCCCUUGUGCUUUUCUGCACCAGGGAGCUGCUUGGGGCGCUGUGGGUGGAUGGCGGUGGGCAGAGUCACACAGCAUAG